AGUACACAGAGAUGGAAGGUCGGAGAUUGAGAAGAUUUGAUCGACCAUCACCACAUUCCUCCUUCCUUCCGGUGUCCGCCUCCGCUUCCACUGCCACCGCUGCCCCCGUCACCACCGCGAACGCCACAGUGACCUGCUGCUACUGCGACUUCAAAAUCCGUUUUUUAAAUCAACCCCUCUUUCGAUUUGGACGAACACACGCCGCCUUCUUCAGGUUCUGGUUCUCCAUUGGCGUCGGUUUCGCCCUCUCCUUAGUCUUUGCUGUCAUCUUCAUUCUCGUUUGGGUUAUGUUUUAUGGACGAGACUCCAAUAACACAGCUUUCUUCUUCUUGUUCGGCUUCUCGCCUUCGGUAUCAGUUGGUGAUGCUGCUUAUGUUAUAAUUUCUUCUUUGAUUGCUGUUUCUGUGCAUGAGUUUGGUCAUGCUGUUGCUGCUGCAAGUGAGGGCAUACAAGUGGAGUAUAUCGCUAUUUUCAUUGCUAUUCUAUUUCCGGGUGCUCUCGUUGCUCUCAAUUAUGACUUGCUUCAGGCAUUGCCACGCUUUACUGUUCUCCGUGUGUACUGUGCUGGCAUUUGGCACAAUGCAGCAUGCUGUGCAGUUUGUGGGUUGGCUUUAUUCCUCAUGCCUGUGAUCUUGUUUCCCUUUUACACAUAUGGUGACAGCCCCAUGGUUUUGGAUGUACCUUCAACAUCGCCUUUGUCAGGUUAUUUGUCUCCUGGGGAUGUCAUUGUGUCGUUGGAUGGCACACAUAUCCAUAAUGAGCAUGAUUGGAUGGAGAUGGCUUCCUUACUAGAUAGACAAACACUUCAAAAUUCAAAUCUUUCUGGAUUUACAGGUUUGAGGGCUGUAAAUGGUAGAAAGGGGUACUGUGUCCCUAAUUCUAUGAUCGAAGAAAGCAAGAAGAUUCAAUUGGUGGACAGCCAGUCUGGUUGUCCUGGUGAAUUUACUGCAUUUGUAACCGUUGAAUGCUCUGAUACAAGUACGUCAAGUGAUGUUACUAGUGAAGAUGGCCAGUCUAACAAAAGAGAGAGUAGGCACUGCUUAAAUGCAAAGGAUAUUGUCAAGCUCAAUAAAUGUGGUGAUGGAUGGAUGACCACUGUAACAAAUCAAAGCAGCUGCAUAUGUUCGAAGGAUGAGUCCUGCUUAAGUCCAGUUCAGCUGGUGGGUUUAGUAUGGGUUGAGAUCACAUAUUCAAGACCUUCUCCUGAAUGCUUGCAGCUUGGAAGAGAUUCAAUUUCAGAUUCCGGUACUGCUGACUUUGUCAAACAUGGCUGUGGUGGGACUUUUGUAUUUGUUGGUGAUUUGAUCACCAUGGCACAUUCAAUUCAGUUAACUACAUAUCGACCUCGUUGGACAUUUGCUUUUGUUGCGUAUCUUCCAAAUAUGCUGGAAAAGGUUUUGAUGUGCGUGUUCCAUAUCUCACUAACCCUAGCUCUUCUUAACAGUUUGCCCGUAUAUUUCCUAGAUGGAGAAUCUAUUUUAGAGGUGACUCUAUGUUUCAUCACUUCUUUGAGCCCAAGGAAGAGGGAAAAGGUUCUUCAAGUGUCUCUAUUGGGAGGGACACUCAUAUCUAUCCUUGCCUUUUUGCGGAUGUUCUUCCUUAUUUUGUGGUAGAUAAAAAGGUUCAUCUAACCCUGUGGAUUUUAGGCUACCAAGAUAACAUAUGAACAUGAGCUUUGAUCAACCUAGUUGACUCUUGACACUAAUUAGGCGAUCAGAAGAGGAUCUAAAUCCACUGUAAACAUGUAUUUACUCGUGAAAUACUUGCUAACUAAAUUGUUAUAGAAUAUCAAAUACUAACUUAUUUGUUUGCCAAAGCUGUUGAAUUCAAUAUCCACGCACUACGAGAUUUUAACCGGUGAUUUUGGAUGCUGUACUAUAUAUGGAUGUCUUGAAUCACAUGAAUCAGGAUACACUUGCCUAUAUCAGAAAUAUG